CCACCUGGCACGUAUAUAACCUCAAAUCCUUCCCCGACGUCGCCGCCUCUCUCUCUCUCUCUCUCUCUCUCUCGCUCUCAAUCAUGGUUACCGCAGUACCCAAUCGGACUCCGGCCAAGGCCUAGUGGCUGACCGGUAUGGAGUCGACCCCGGUGAACUGGGAGUCUCUUGACGCGCUGGUCGUCGAUUUCGCCAGAUCGGAGAACCUGAUCGAUGACUCUGUUGCCGUCUCCUCUACCUUGUCCUUAUCCCCUCCAUCGACUCCCUGCUCCCUCUCCUCUUCCUCCACCUACCAGUCCCGGCUCAUCAAUCGCCAGAUAAGGCGGUCGCUGGAGGCCGGCGAUGUUGAGGCUGCCAUCGAGAUGCUGCGCUCCCACGCGCCUUCCAUCCUCGAGGACCAUAGGAUCCUGUUUCGGCUGCAGAAGCAGAAAUUUAUUGAAUUGUUGAGGAGAGGGAAGCCAGAGGAUCGCCAUGCUGCAAUUGAAUGCUUGAGGACUUCUCUCGCUCCUUGUGCUCUUGAUGCAUAUCCAGAAGCCUAUGAGGAGUUCAAGCACAUUCUUCUUGCCUUUAUAUAUGACAAAGAUGAUCAAAAUUCUCCUGUGGCUAAUGAGUGGUCAGAAAGGAAGAGGUUUGAAAUUGCUGGUUUGAUGUCAUCAGUUUUGAGAGCCCACUUACACGCUUAUGAUCCCUUAUUCUCAAUGACAUUGAGAUAUCUGAUAAGUAUACAUAAAGAGUACUGCUUCCGUCAAGGAGUAUCAUCGCCUAUCUCAGAUCUCAACGAGAGAUUGCUCCUUGAAGAGCGUGAUCCUCCUGCAACUCUCCAAGAGAGCUUUUAUGAAGCCCCUCCAUUCGAUGAGGUGGAUAUUCAAGCUCUUGCCCAUGCUGUAGAGCUCACAAGACAAGGGGCAAUUGACAGCUUGAGAUUUGCCAAGGGAGAUCUAUUCCUGGCAUUUCAGAAUGAGUUAUGUCGAACAAGAUUGGAUAUUCCGAUGCUUGAUAACCUUGUCCGGGAGUAUUGUGUUUACAGGGGCAUUGUUGAUUCUGGCUUCACGCUUCCUGCUGGAAUUCCAAUUAUUUCUGAACCUACAAAGGCAGGUCAAGCAGAGAGCCUUCCCUCUUUGUCAAGAGACUAUUCCCUUGAAGUGGAUUCUGGAGCCAGUAGAAGUUCUGAUGGUGAAACUAUAAGCACGCAUAAGGAUUCUUGCUGUAACGAUGAUGUAAAUGUAGCUAAACUUCAAAGUUCUGAUGCUGAGCUACGAUAUGCAUGUGAGCCAGCGAACCAUGAAAUCUGUAGUACCAGCGGUUCUCAUCAGUCCUGCAUUUCGUCAUCUCUUCAAAAAAAUAGAAGUCGUAGAGCUGGAGAGAGGGGAAAGCGCAAGAGAUGGAGAGGACGGAGUGAUGACCUAAGUUAUGCAUCUGAGGUGUUUUGUGAUGGAAGCAGCAAAUCAGACCUUUGCCCUGCUACCUCAAGUGCUGGCACAAAUGUGCUGAAAGAACAAGAGGGCACAGAAAAGAAAUUCACGUUAGAGACAAAACCUGCAGCAGAUAAAUAUGAGUUUGUGCUGGAGAUGAAAGAACUAGCUAGCAGAGGAAUGGCAGCUGAGGUUGUCGAAGAAGUUAACUCCAUGGAUCCCGACUUUUUCAAGCAAAAUCCUGUUCUACUAUUCCAACUUAAGCAGGUUCAAUUCCUCAACUUGGUAAACACUGGUGAUCAUGCUAGCGCUCUCAGGGUGGCAUGCUCCCAUUUAGGUCCUUUAGCUGCUAAAGAUCCUGCAUUACUGAAGCCCUUGAAGGAGACUCUGUUGGCAUUAAUCCAGCCUACGGAGGAGGCACUGGUUAGAAGCUUACCAUUGGAUGCUCUCUCGACUUCACUUCAGGUUGCAAUAGGAAGAAGACUUGGAAUUGAGGAACCCCAGCUUAUGAAGAUCAUGAGAGCCACUCUUCACACUCACAACGAGUGGUUCAAGCUUCAGAUGUGCAAAGAUAGGUUUGAGAGCCUUUUGAGGAUUGAUUCCUUGAAAGAUGUCAGCAGCCCGAUGCUGGCAUGUGCCUUGUCUAAAUCAAAUGUUGAUAGUUGCACUCAUGGCUCUUCCGUUGUAACCACAUCUUCAAGUGGUAGGGCUGCGGAAGAUAGCAGCAGCCCCGCGCAAGUCUCGUCUACUGAUGCUUUCUAUGAUGAGAGUGCAAUUCUUAAAGUCAUGGAGUUCCUAGCUUUACCUCGGGCUGAUGCAAUCCAUCUUCUUGCUCAGUAUAAUGGUAAUGCUGAGACCGUCAUUGAGCAGUUAUUUGCAUAGCUUGGGGAUGUAAUGUUGGAUACACAUUGAUUUAUUUGUUUCUACUGAGGAAUUUAUUCAUUCAAUCUGUACCAUAGUAUUUUUUUUUUUGAUAUAUAGUUAUUAGGUCAGAAGAGCUUCCACUGCUUUCAUGGUGCCCGCAACUGUUAUCCUCGAUUAGAUUUAUGAUCGAUGACGGGUCGCUUCAAUGUUUAAACCCUGAGAUUGGUUAAGAGGUUGAAU